CUUAACAAUAAUGAAUAAUGGCAUCAUCUACCAUGUCUUCUUCCUCUUUCCUUCUAAGAAAUUCUCAUGGCAGAAACCCUUUUCCCUAUAUAAUUCUAAUCUACCACCAACACCAACCACAUACCACCUUCUCAUUACAAAAUCUUCAUCAUGAUCCAAUUCAAUGAAUUCAGCAGUGGAAUUGAGCUUGCAUCUUAUGUCACAAGCUCUGGUCUUCUCUGCAGAACAUGGAACACCAUAUCAUCUUCAAGCAUAGCUUCAAACAAGGGAGAGAGGCUUUCUUGGAAAGUUCACAAAGAAGAAGAUGCUGAUUUGAAAAUCAUAGUGUUCGAGACAACAUCACAAGUUAAACUUGCUUUGGUUUCGUCUUUAGAGCUCAAGAACAAAAAUUUCCUUCAUUUUGAAUUUCUAUGUACCAGAAAGAAUCCAGAGUUCCAGCUUAACAAGGAUGCAUACCACCUGUUCUACGAAAAUCUUCAGAGUCUUGAUGAGUUGAAAUCUCAUGUUACAAGCUCCACUCGAUUGAUUGUUACUGGACAAGGUCUUGGUGGAUCAGUUGCCAUUCUCUUUACCCUGUCACUGUUAGACAUAUUUACUACAGGAAAGAACCGCCCGCUAUGCAUCACUUUCGGUUCGCCUCUUAUUGGCGACAUGAACUUGCAAAAGGCCAUGUCGCGUAGCACUACCUGGAAUUCUUGUUUUCUACAAGUUGUGUCUCACAAAGACCCUCUUCCGAGGCUGUUUGUCGGUCCUCAUGCUACUCAAUACAUGCCUUUCGGAACAUUUCUCUUUUGUUCGGAUGAAAGUUCUACUUGUUUUGAAAACCCUGAGUCCAUUUUGGAAGUUCUCAAGGCAAUGGCCUCAAUUCAGGGUGAAAACCAAGGAUUUCAGUCUUCUGAGUAUGGAAAUAUAGUGGAGAAGCUAUAUCAAAAAUCAAUUUACAAGGACCUAUUGGCACGCGGUGUAGACAUGACCGGUUGUAGUACGCUACAAGCGAGUAUCAUUUUGCAGUUAUCUGCACUAGGACUCACUCCACAGAUGCAGCAGCAGAAACAAUAUAACAUUGAUAUCAAUAACUUGGUGAGAACUAUAGAGAUAUUGGAAAAGAAAUACAAUCAUCAGAAGAGGACAAUAUUUGACCCUACCAAGAAAUUGAAUGUAAUGAAGGUAGACAUGGUCCAACUUGAAUGGUACAAGAAGGAUUCUAGAAACCAAAAUAUAGGGUACUACGACCGCUACAAGAACAUGCUCUCAACGAAUAAGUUCUCAACAAGUGACCAAGAUGUGGUUAAUUUCCACAAAAACCUCACAAAUUACUGGGAAAAGAUGGUUGAAACUGCAGAGCUGAAGCCCCAGAAAGAAGGUGCAGCAUUUCGCACGCGUUGGCUCUUCGCCGGGACUAAUUAUAGGAGAAUGGUCGAGCCCCUUGAGAUUGCCAACUACUAUUAUUCAAAUGAGGGCUACAAAAAAUUUCCGAAAAGCUAUUUUGAAACAAGGUCUAAACAUUAUAAGCAGCUAGAAGAGUGGCUAAAAGAAGGAACAGCAGCAGCAAGCAAUUCCAACAGCACAGGCACAAGGAAUGUGGAAUCCAUUUUAACCUUUGAUUCUUGCUUUUGGGCCCAUGUGGAAGAGGCAUUCAUUUCAUGCAAGGUGGUCAAAGAUGUAAAAGUUGAUGUCCAACUGAAGGAAAAGGCAAAGAAGAAGUUGCUUGAAUUUGAGGACUAUGUUUAUGGUUUGCUCAAGAAUUAUGAAGUGUCAUCAGAUAUUUUCUUGAGGGACAGUAGUUACAUGACUUGGUGGAAUGAGUAUGAGAAAAUUGAUGGAGCAGUUUCUCAUUCAAAACUAGGAAGGUUCAUGAGCAAUGCUAAUAAUUAUAAUGUGAAGUAUGUCAAGGGAACUUAUAAUUUCAACUGAAGUAUGUCUCUCUAAUUAAGGCAUUUGGUUAAUUAGUCAUUAGUGUGAUUGAAAGAAAGUGAGAAUUGGGUGUUCCAAUAAAUGUAUUGUAAAAAACUCAAAAUGUUUAUUUUAUUAUUGCAAAAUUUCUAUUCGAGAA